UUUCCGUCAGAGCGGCUGGCAGCGACCUGGCGGCAGGUGCGCGCAAUCGGGCCGGGCCUGAGCAACCUUGGAAACACAUGCUUCCUCAACUCCGUCCUCCAAUGCCUGACGUACACGCCGGCAUUGGCCGAGUACAUGCUGAUGCGUGAGCAUUCGGCGAGCUGCCGCGUCGGGGAUAACUGCAUACUGUGUAAGUUCGAAGCCCAUGUUGUGCGCGCCCUAUCGAAGCGCGAGAGCUCGUCGAUCGCGCCCAAGCCUAUUGUCGGGAGGCUCAAGCUGGUCGCUAAGCAUAUGCGGGUUGGGCGGCAGGAGGAUUCACACGAGUUUCUUCGUUUGCUCGUUGAGGCCUUCCAGCGCAACUUGCUGCACGGGAUUGAUCCCAAGAUCGACCGGCGGAUCCAGGAGACCACACUGGUGCACCAGGUGUUUGGUGGAUACUUGCAGAGCCAGAUCAAGUGUAGCCGCUGCGGUCAUGAUUCUAAUACUUUUGAGCCGCUUUUGGACAUCAGCCUGGAUAUCCAGCCCGGCAGCGGUACCAUUGCCAAGGCUCUGCGCGCCUUUACGCGGCCCGAGAUGCUGACUAAGAGCAACCGGUACAAGUGCGAAAAAUGCGCUAAGCUUGUGGACGCCACCAAGCAGAUGACCGUCUACCGGUUGCCGCGCGUGCUGACGCUGCAGCUCAAGCGCUUUUCGAUAUUUGGCGGUGGCAAGAUUAACCGGUAUGUGGAGUUCCCCUUGUCGCUCAAUAUGAAGGGAUACGUCAGUGGAAAUUCGCCCGAGGCCGGCCCCCAUGACUACUCGCUGUAUGCUGUGCUUGUUCACUCUGGCGGCAUGGCGCGCUCCGGCCACUACUUCUGCUACGUCAAGUCGCCUGCUGGUGUGUGGUACAAUAUGAACGAUAGUACGGUUCACCAGGUCAGCGAGCGCACGGUGCUUAAGCAGACCGCCUACCUGUUGUUCUACGAGCGUUGCCAGCCGACUAAGACUGAUCGCCCUGUGGCUGCUGCUGCU